GAGCCUCAAAGCCCCCCGGAUACUCUCUUUCGGCUGGUAAGUUGUGGUACGAACCCAAUCCUUUGUAUAGAAAACUGUGAUGUAAGAAUAUCUCUGAGCGGUCGUUGUCGAAUUUUAUUUUAUUCUUGUCUACAAGACCUCGAAUCAUUCUCAAUCACGUCUUAAUAGGAUUGUGAAAUGACCAAUACUUCGUAGCCGAGAAAAGCCGACAUGGAUCUCAAGUAUCCCACAUCACUCCUGUUCACCUUCGUCUUUGCGGGUUUCGUCCUCGCAGCUCCUAUCAGGAUUCCUAUACAGACAACGGAUAACCAGACGCCUGCUAUCGACUACAUCGAGGGCGCUCCAGCCAGCGUAGGACAGGGCGGGCCUAACGUGUUCCCCCCGGCAGAUGACAUGGAGCGCGCAAACAAGCGCUCUCCGAAUGGGGACCUUGAAGUACCUACGUCUGUCGCGGAUAGUUGGGACACUCCUUGGCCAGUACGACCUCGAGAUGGGGAGUCUGACCUGGGUAGAGGGAUCAAGGAACCUGUUGUCGCCACCACGAGCACCGACCUUGAAACGCAACGCGAUCACGCCUGGGCCAGAAGAGAUUCAUCUGCGCACACUAGUGCCAAGUCCAGGUCUUCUCCCAUGUCUCCUCGAUCAGUGCCUGACUGGGAUAAUGCCGAAACAAGCGAGAAGACAGAUGAUCUCCUCUUUUGGGGCGACCUAGAUAUCUCAGUCCCCGGCAGCAGCGACGGCAACGUGGACGUGCAAACAAGAUUCUAAGUGGGAACCGGGUGGCCGGUGACAGUUCUCUCUGCGAGCAGCAGCUGUGGACGAAUCAGGCGAAGCAGAGACUCAAGCAGACUCCAUCCACCUCCCCGCCGAUCAGUCUUGAGCAGGCAUGCACACAAAACGGGGCAUGGCAGCCGACCCUAGGUGAGAGCCGAAGGCGUCAGCUCGCCCUCCGAAAGCCAAGCAUGUUGCACAGAUGCCAGCGGUGUGAGCCAUAGGAAGCACAACCACGCCAGAUACUCCUGCGCCAGCAGGCUGUCACCCACUGAAUAGACGACAAACCGAGGGCCUGGUAGGUUUACGGGGAAUUGGCUGUA